CCAUUAUGCCCACAGUGGUCCGGUAACUACUGUUGAACUGGCUUGAGACAGUGCACGACAGACGUUUCCCUUGAGGUGGUCGUAUUUUAAUUAACGCUCAAAAUGACGAUAAGGACAAUACGUCCCAACCGGGGACAGCAUUACCGUCCUCGGAUGCAUUGCCUCCAAAAGAUCGAGGCCCACAUGGUGGAGAUGCAGGACCCCAAGAGCGGCCUGAAGGGGGCCGAACAGAAGCUCAACGUCACCACCAUCCCCCACGUCAUCACUGGUCAAGACAUAAUCGCUUGGCUUUUAAACAAAAUGAAGGUCACACAAGAAGAGGCUGAGGCGUAUGGCACCAUGCUGGUUGCCUACGGUUACAUCUACCCUCUGCAGAACCACAGGAAGCUGGUGAUGUGUAACGAUGGGAGUCUGUACCGCUUUCAGACUCCAUACUUUUGGCCGACACAGAAAUGGGUUGCAGAGGAUUGUGACUAUGCUAUUUAUUUGGCAAAAAGGAAUAUCCGAAAGAAAGGCGUACUGGAGCCCUUUGAACAGGAACAUUACACCCACCUCCAUACCUGGCUGAACCACAAGUGGGACUUCAUCGUCAUGCAGGCCACUGAGCAGUACAAGGCGGGGAAGGAGAGGAAGAAACCCGACCGGGUGGUCUUGGACUGUCAGGAGAGAGCCUAUUGGAUUGUCAACAGACCACCGCGUCGGACCCACAGCGCCUUGGACUACGGGACGGACCGCCUCAUCGACCCCACCGUAGAGGAGAAGAUCUCCUUUGACCAACACAGACGGAUGAACAUCUUCUACCAGCAGGCGAUCAUGAGGUCUAAAGUAAAGUCGAGUGUUUCUCUUGGAGCACUUGUGAAGUUUGUCAACACUUACAAAAAUCAUGACCCCUUCCUGGCACCCUGUCUGCCUAGCAACCCCUGGGUAACCGACAACGAUACCUACUGGACACUAAACAUAAGAAGGGUGGACCAGUGCACCAAGAUGCGGGUAGAGCGCUGGUCCUUCAGCUUCUUCGAGCUGCUGAGCGACCAGCGCGGGCGGGACGACUUCAAGAGCUUCCUGAAGAAGGAGUUCAGCGGGGAGAACUUGGCCUUCUGGGAGGCAGCAGAGGAGUUGAAGUGGGGUUCUGCCGCUGCCAUAGCAACCAAAGCUGCCGUCAUCUUCAAGACCUUCCUGGCCCCCGGCGCCCCCCGGUGGAUCAACAUCGACGGCCGGACCAUGGGUCUGACGGUGAAGGGGCUGGACCACCCCCACCGCUACGUGCUGGACGGGGCGCAGACGCACGUCUUCCUGCUCAUGAAGAAGGACACGUUCUUCCGCUACCUGAAGUCGCCCGUGUACAAGGAGAUGCAGAAGAGGGCGCUAAACCCUGAGCUACACAACUUUAGCGAGGCACAGCUGGAGCAGAACGCGCGGAACAGGAGCCUGGGAGUCCAUCCCAUCACGGUGUGGGAACAGGAAGAGGAGGAGAGGGCCAAAGCAGCCAUCGCUUCGGCCCCCGUCGACGUCAAGGCCAUGAUGAGCAAGAUAGACAGGAAGUAGAGGACCGCGGGCGGCACCUCGGGCCAAUCAUGUCUGGCUGCAGCCUGUAGGACAUGGACAUCCACAUCCAACUGCUACUUCAUAGCAGUUCAUAGGCUUUAUGCCAGCGAUAAUGUGAGUAAAUGAUGUCUACUCAAUAGUGGGACAUUUUUCAUGAUUAAUCAUUUUCACGGUAGCUUGGUAAACGAUAAAUGUUAAUCAUUGAACAUAGUGAAUUCACAUGCGAGUAGAAAUCUGGCUCACAAGCUAGCGCGACAGGCUAAAUUGUUACCGCAACAGGGUUAGGGUAGUGGUUACGGUUAGGGAUUGAAACUUUCCCACGCCCUGGAAUUUAAACCACGCUUUGCCAGAGUGACCCUUGUGCAGUGAAAUGACUCGAAACUAAGUGAGAGAUCCAAAUUUUAGUGUCUGACUAGUUGAAUUGAAUUCGAAUGUGACUGGAGGUUGUCACGGGAACAUGUAUAUUGUUAUUGAUUGACUGGUGAUAAUCAAAAGUACUAUCUUUAAACAUUCAUUUUUUUCAAAAAUGAUUUUUUUUAAUUUACAUUAAAAAAAUCUGUUUGCGUAGCUAGUAGUAAAUAAUGUAAUAAAGACAUAGCUAGUUACUUAUUUGUCUGCAGUGCUCUUCUGGUUUUAUCAAUACCACUCACACAAGCAAUGGGCCGAAUGAUGGGCAGUUUGGGCACUUCGUCUGACAGAUUAGAAUGUGGAUCUGAUCAGCCAUGGAUUUCAUGUAGCCUACAUGUAAAAUGAUUGCAAAAGUCAUCAUUUUAAUGUCAGAUAAUAUGGCAUACGUUAAAAAAGAUGCCAGCAUUAAGCAGACCUAAUAUCAAUUUAAUGUUUUUUGAUUAUAAUUUUGAGAAGGGAAAUUUGCAAGAUGUUUUAGUUGUCAUUAUUCAUUAUUUUUAUAAAAUAAAAAGCACAUCUACACUUCACACAAUGAACCUCACGUAUUCCUAAUUUCCGGAUUAAAGAUACUGUUAACUUGA